AUGACCACAUAUGCCCCUUUUAGAAGUUGUCAAAGCUUUGUCAGAAAAUGCAAAGUAUCAAGCAUAUUAAAUAAUAAUUACCCUGAUUUAAGACAAUUACUAAGAGACAUUGCUGAAGAGCAAACUAUACUUAGACAAGAUGCUUCUAAUAUGGCCUAUUUUUUAACAUGCAAGGCACUUGAACCCGACGAAACUGAUGAGUAUGUACUGAAAUCGGUCACAAAGCCUCAACUCUGGGGCCAUAUGUAUAGGAUAGUUUCCUCUACACCUAUUGAAGAGACUAGAUAUGUGUUCUAUCAUCCAUUCGUACAAGCAAAUUUUGCCUCAUUUGAUGCUUUAAGGCGUCACCCUGUCACUGGAGGCUAUAUAGACAAGCACCUUUACGGCAUACCAAAGCUAGAUAAUUUACAUGGGGCAAUAGCUACUUCAUAUUCUACUAAAAUGUGUACAAAUGUGAAAGGUCAUUUGGCUUUGAACUUGCAUAUAUUUCCCAAAAGAGUGAUCAAAGGAUAUAUAGGAAAACAUAACGAAGAUAAUACUGAUAACAGCGCCUAUAUUCCUUUAAAGAUGAGUUCCAAGAUACUGCAAAGUAUAACCACAUACACACCUUUUAUAGAUGAAGAAAAACAAGAAGAAUUUGAUGGGAACAUGGAUGCAAUUGAAUUCUACAACUUACAACAAGCAAAGUAUUGUGAACUCUUUUCCCCAAUGACGGAAGAAAAACUACAAGACUAUGAAACAGCAGCCACAAAAUCAGGACUGUACAUUCGAUAUUUUAAAUCGUUAUUACAAGAUAUUGAAAACUACAGUGUUGAUAACGUCAAACGAUUCUCUCUACUGCCAAUUGCACCACAACAAAUUGUCCAUGUCUCCAUUUCUUCUGAUGCUUUUUAUCAACUCUUGAAAAGGGCAUAUAAUGAAAAGUUCAACGUUCCAGACGCAACAGUUGUAUCCGAAGGAUCAAGCAUUCGUCCAAAUGUAUAA